AUGGCACUUCUCUAUGAUGGCAAUACUAUCUUUCAUAUUCAUGUACCAACUAAUCCAGAUGGAUGCCUUGCUGAUAUCUCCUCAUUAUCACAAUUUCCUGAAGAGGAAGAAGUUCUACUCGGUGUUCAAACGUUUCUUAUGGUUAAGAAAGUUGAACACGAUCAAAUUUUGAAUAAGUACAUCAUUCACUUGCAAGUUUCGGAUUUCAAAUUUCGUGGUAAACAACAUCAACAAGAAAAUAGUUCCGUUCGUGAUACAUUUAUUUCAUCUAUCGAUAAUCCCUCCAAUGACGGCGAAAUUCAUGAAGAAAUAUGA